CCCAUCCGGGCCCGCCCCACCCUCUCGGGUCUCCACCGCCCUGGCCGCGUGUCUUGCACACCCGGGAGCGGCUAAGGCAGAGGGAAGGUAAAUAUGCGGAUUUUUUGGUCUUUCUCCUUUAAACCCGAGCAUCUCUACCCAAGGUCCUGUACAGAUGAAUCCUGGGGCCGCGACGGACUUUGAAAUCCCAAACCCGCGUCUCCAAGGGCGGGUAGGGGAGUGUGAAAUUUUUCAUCAUUCAAGUCCUUCUGCCUGUGAGUGUGGUGGAAGCACGGCAUAUCCUCCAGAUGCAGGUGUGAUUGGUCAACAUAAAGUCGCCUGAGAAAACAACCCAGAGCAGGAGGAGGAAGAGGACAAUAUGGCUGCUUCUCAGGGGCAGUUGACCUUCAGCGAUGUGGCCAUAGAAUUCUCUCAGGAGGAGUGGGCGUGCCUGGACCCAGCUCAGCGGGAACUGUACAGGGACGUGAUGUUGCAGAACUACAGGAACCUGGUGUCCCUGGGUCUUGCUGUGUCUAAGCCAGACCUGGUCACCUUUUUGGAACACAAGAAGGAGCCCUGGGAAUUGAAGAGAAAAAGAACAGUAUCCAUCCACCCAGCUCUGUCUUCUCAAGUCACCCAGGGUUUGUUUAUAAAGUCAGACGUAGAAGAUUCAUUCCAGAAAAUGCAACAGAGUUCACCUAAUGAAGAGAGAAGUAAUCAAUGUAAUGAUUACUGCAAUGAAUGUGGAAGACUUAAGCAACAUCUGAUAGUCCAUUCUGGGGAAAAGCCUUAUAUAUGUGGAGAAUGUGGCAAAGAUUUCAACUGUUAUAAAAGCAUUACUCAACAUCAGAGAAUUCAUACUGGAGAGAAGCCUUAUAAAUGUAAAGAAUGUGGCAAAGCCUUUAUCCACAGGUCAAGUCUCAUUCAACAUCAGGUAAUUCAUACUGGAGAGAACUAUUAUAAAUGUACAGACGUUGGCAACACCUUUAACAUGUGUGGAACCCCUAAAGAACAUGAGAUAAUUCAUUCUGGAGUAAAGCCUUAUGAAUGUAAAGAAUGUGGCAAAGCCUUUUUCUUGAGCUUAGAACUGGUUCGACAUCAGAGAAUCCAUAGUGGAGAGAAGCCUUAUAUAUGUAAACAGUGUGGCAAAGCCUUCACCGGGAGCUUAAGUCUUUCUCUACAUGAGAAAACUCAUUCUGGAAAGAAGCCUUAUAAAUGUACAGAAGGUGUUAAUGCUUUGAACAAGGGAGAAAGCCUUAAGAAAUGGAGAGUUCAUUCUGGGGAAAAGUGUUAUGAAUGUAGAGAAUGUGGCAAAACCUUUAACUGGAGAGAAAAUCUUCGUCGACAUCAGGUAAUUCAUUCUAGAGAGCAGCCUUAUAAAUGUAGUGAUUGUGGCAAAGUAUUUAUGUCGGGCUCACAUCUGAUUCGACAUCAGAGAAUUCAUUCUGGAGAGAAGCCUUAUAAAUGUACAGAAUGUGGCAGAGCCUUUAAUGAGUGUGGAAGCCUUAAGAAACACCAGACAAUUCAUACUGGAGAGAAGCCUUAUAAAUGUAUGCAAUGUGACAAAGCAUUUAGCCGGUCUUCAACCCUUACCCAUCAUCAGAGAAUUCAUUCAGGACAGAAGCCUUAUAUGUGUGUAGAAUGUGGCAAAGCCUUUACAUGGUCUUCACACCUUUCUAGACAUCGAAGGAUUCAUCAGAGAGAAGCCUUAUGAAGGUUGAGUAUAUGGCAAAGCCUUUACACUGCACAAUUCUUACCAAAUACAUGAGAAGCUUUAGGGGUGUGAGAAGUGUGACAAAGCCUUUAACCUUGCUCUAGCUCUGUUCAAUAUUGGGGAAUACAUGAUAAAUAGAAGCAAUCUAAACAAUAUGGAAAAAACAUCAACCAUUGCCCAAACCUCAUUAAAUAUCAGAGAAUUCAUACCAGAGAGAAUCCUCACAAGUACAUAGAAUGUCGUAAUGUCUUUAUCCAGUGUUGAAACUUUAGUCAAUAUCAUAUAAUUCUUGCUGGACUGAAACAAUUGAAACAUAAAGAAUAUCAAAACCUUUAACCAUUUAUCAAGGCUCACUGAACUUUAAUGAAUUCAUACUAAAAAGAAGCCAUGCAAAU